CGGAAAAAUGCUGUUAAUGGCUGAUAAACAACGACAUUCAGAAAUAUCGACAACAUGCAACAUGUGCGCGGAAACUAAUGGCUUAACUUCUUGACCGUCCCGAAAGAUGUCAUCAAGCGAUUUUAUUAUGGGAAGUUUGAUUCAGAAUGGAUUUAUACAGAAGGGGUUCGAGCACCGAGAUUUUAGCAAAGAUGUUUAACGUGGUGAAAGAUUUUACACACAGUCAUUUUAUAGCAUGUGAUCUUUGCCAAUGCCUAAUGACCUCAGGCGCUCAGUUUGUAAAUUUGCACAUGACAGCCCCGGAGAACAAACUUGGUGAAAUUAGGACCUUGAUUGUCCCUAAAAACCGCAGGACACCAAUCCGCAAUUCGUGGCCUUCAAUUGUUGAGGUGUUAACAAAGCAGCUCAAACUUAUGGUAUGCAUGAAAACAGAUAAGAAAUUAUGGAAAGUAUUUAUCAAACCAUCUUCAGAAACAAGAGAUGCCCAGCACUUACAGAAGGGUUGUGACUUCGUGAGCGCUUUUCUGAAAGGCUUUAAGUACGAAGACGCAUUAGCUGUGGUCAGAAUAGAUGGUAUCUACGUCAAUUCAUUCCACAUAAUGGAUGUGAAACAAACACUCAGAGGUGAUCACAUGGCUCGAGCAGUGGGGCGUAUUUGCGGUGCUAAAGGUCGUAUUCGUAUGUGUAUUGAAAACGCUACACGGACUCGCAUAGUCGUUGCCGAUGAAACCAUCCAUAUUCUAGGAAGCAAUGACCGUAUAGCAGUGGCCCGACGUGCAAUAUGUGAUCUGAUAUUGGGUGCUCCGCCGAACAAAAUUUUCGGAAAAAUUCGAACACACGCCGCUAGACUAGAUUCUUCUUUGUAACUUCUUUAAACCUACGCGCUAAUGUAUAAUAUUUGUUCAUUCCGUUCUCGUUAUCUUGCUGAUGUUAUUAUUUUGAUAACAUACGUAUUGCUUCAUAAAACAAUAAAUUACGGCAGUAAAUAAGAUAAAUGGACUUGUCCAGUAACCUGCAUAAAAUGUCAAUGGAACAAUUCUUAUGUUAUAUGUGUAUAAUUCACAGAUCACAAUGGCAAUUAUGAUUAACAUUGAACAAAUUGUUGACAGCAGCUCGAAUAAGAAAAAGGUGGUUUUUGGGUUCUUGGGUGUAUUUUCCAUUUGUCUUCAAUGUUCUUGAUUUUAAGAUGAUAGUAUAAGCCUUGGAUUUUUCACACUGAGCUUUUCCUACAAUAUAUAUAUACCAAGGCUGAUGCGCAUUCUCACCUGCUUUUUAUUUCAUAUCUGUAAUCCGGUUGGUUAAAACGCCUAAUAACAACAUCUGGUAACUAUAACAACGGAUAAUACCUAGUUUUAUUAAUAAAGGUUAAACUCCAUGGUUGGAUAGAGAAUAAAUUCCCACUAGUGUGUGAUUAAUUUCUUUUCUUAAAUUAGAUUUUUAUUGUUUAUUAUCAGUAAGUAAAUAAACAAUAAGUUAACGACUUUCCAAAAGGAUCGUUUGAUACAUAUAAUAAUAAUAAUAAUAAUAAUCUUGCUUGAGAGGCGAUAUCAUUCAAAAUUCGAAAAGAACUGGACUGCCGAAAUUUGUUCUUAUUCUGCCACUAGUCAUACCUAACAACAUGGUUUGAGAAUUAUUAUUGAGGAGUGUUGAUGUAUUAUCGGUCGCAAGCAUAUUUUUAACUGUAUAUGAGGAUAUCACAUUUUCUAGAACAAAUGCAAUCAAAAUAAUAGCUUUUUCCGUGGUGUUAUAUUUCACUUUUGUCUCAAGUUUUUUCUCUAACUGCAGUUGAUUCUUUUUAACUUUAUUAAUAUGUCCUCCAUCUUUUUAACGGAGAGGGGAUAAAUUAUUCAAAAUUUAUACUACUCUAAAUCCAAGCAAUCUCUAGUCAAGUUUCGAUCUUCGAGUCAUUCUUGAUGUGAACGAAACCGACCGAACUGACAGUCUGUUUAGUUUACCUUCAAGCUUUUGAAAGGUCGAAUAUGCCUUCUUCUUCUUCUUCUUCUUCAAAAUUCGCUCGAGCAAUGGGUUCUUUUUUCCACUCUUUCACUGAUUAGUUCAAAUAACGAAGAUCAAUUUAAACAGUUUAAGUCAAUUUCAUUUGUUUCAUUUUUGCCUAAAUUUAUUUUCAGGAGAGGUUUUGUGGAGAUUUUAGUCAUUUCACUAGUUGAAAUCAUGAGUCAUUUGAAGC